AUGAGCAACCGAGCGCUGGUCGUGAUUCUCCCCCUGGUGCUGACCGUGGCGUUGCUCUGCUCCGCGGCCACCGAGGAGUCGGACGACUACUUCGAGUUCACCUGCCCGAAACCGGACGGCCAGUUCGAGGAUCCGUACCAGUGCGAUCGGUACUACGAGUGCAACGAUGGGCGCGUCGCGGAGAAGCUCUGCCCGGACGGGCUCGUCUUCAACCCGGACAGCAAGCUGGUCAACAAGUGCGACCAGGUGUUCAACGUCAACUGCGGCGACCGGAAGGAGCUACAGCCACCGAAACCGGUCGGAGUGUGUCCCCGGCAGAACGGGUUCUUCCCGCACCCCGAUCCGUCGAUCUGCAACAUCUUCUUCAACUGCGUGAACGGGCGCGAGCUGGAGAUGACGUGUGUGGCCGGGCUACACUUCAACCAGCCGACCGGCACCUGCGUCUGGCCGGACAUGGCCAACCGGCAGGGCUGCGGCAGCAACGCCAACAAAAAACUGAACGACGGCUUCCAGUGCCCGAAGGACGCGACCAAGAUGGACAGGAACGGGCAGGCCAUAACGCACCCGAACUACCCGCACCCGGAGGACUGCCAGCGGUUCUACAUCUGCCUGAACGGCAUCGAGCCGCGGCAAGGCACCUGCGAUGAUGGCACGGUCUACAACGAGGACCUGCAGCGCUGCGACGACCCGGAGAACGUGCCCGGAUGUGAGGACUGGUACAGCCAGCCAGAGACGGAUCGAGAAGCUGAUCGAAACUAG